AUGAAUAUGAUUCCAACUGCUGCACAAUAUACAAUGCCUUCUUUUGAUCCUGCCUAUUUCAAUUAUGCUGCAUAGUAAGUUUUUUGGGAAAUUAUGUAUAUUCUAGGAAAAGGGUAUCCGAAGGUGUUAACCGAAUUUAACUUCCCAAAUGUCCAACAUAGGGCUGUCGGAAAAUAUUAACCUAACAUAACUUCCUAAAAAUUAUGAAUAGCCUUGGAGCUGAAAAGUGUCAACCCAACUUAAUUUCCCAAACUUUCUGAAAUUUUCAUUUGGACUUCUCAAAAUUUCAUUCAGGAUUUCAAAUUUAGACGAUAGCCUAACUUAACUUCUCCAAAUCUACAACGGAAAAAGGACAACAUCAGGAUUUUGAUUUAAAUACAAUCAAGAAAUCAGAAACCAAACCAUGAGCUUCAAUUUAAACCUCAAAAAUUCUAGAAAUGUAUGCUAAGUAAUAAUUUCUCAAAUUUGCAGCCCUCUAAAUCAAAUGUAUCAACAUCCAUCGUAUUGUCCAGAUUAUAGUAAAUCUGAUUCGAAUUCCGAUGAAUCUUUGAAUGACAGCAAAGGUGAACACCAUAAAUUGUCGCCAAAGUAAGUUAUUUUUAAGGGUUCGGGGUUUUUCGGGGGCACAAUUUUUUCAGGUUCGAUACGGUCAUCAACAUCUAAUCAACCGAUCGAUCGUUCUUCUUCCAAUCAUCAACUUCUUCAUCAUCGACUUCAUUCAAUCAGUCGUGGAAGGAUUUGGCGAAUCUACAGCGGAACAUUUUUUAAUCAACCGAUUUUUUCAGAUAUCGUGAGAAAAGAGCAAAAAAUAAUGAGGCGGCUAAAAAGUCGCGUUUGAACAGAAAACAACGAGAAAAGAAUUUGCAAGAAGAGAAUAAUCGAUAUAAGGCAACAAUUCAUGAACAACAAAAAGUGAUCGAGGAAUUGCAAAGACAAUUGGAUGUUUUGAGAAAUGGUGGAGGACCACAAAAUCCAGGAGGAUAUUCACAAAGAGAACAACAUUUUGAAAUGAUUCAAGGAUGUGUAGAUGAGGUAAGUUAGAACGGGAUAUUAAUUUGAGCAGAUUACAUUAGAAAACAUUAACUAUGAUUUUAUUAUGCUUACCAAAAAAGUUAGGCUUACAUCCAAUUCCUUUUAUUUUUUUCCAGAAAUAUAUGGCACUUCGUGAUUCAACAAAUCAAUUGCCUCCUCAAUCACAACAACCUCCUCAAAUGAUGGUCCCUGAUCAUAUGGCUUUUAACUUCAAAUCUUUAUAA